GAACGUAUUCUCCCUAUUGUCAACAACAUCUUUGCCGCGUUGCUCCUAAAUAACAUAGCGAGCGAAGAUGAGUGCUAUACCAUGAUAUUAAAUUUUGCUCAUCUAUCCUUUGAUGCCAUGAAUCGUGAAAAUUCGAUUAUACCUGAAAUUGUAGAAGCUGUGGAUUUUACCUUUGCAAAAGUUCAUUUUUUACAAAUGAUUUUAAUAAAUAUUAAUGAUAUUCCAAUCUCUUUACAAACAAAAUUAUUACCGAAUCCAUUAUUAACAAAGGAUUCAAAACAAACAUUUUGUAUAUUGAAAACCUUUUUCGAUGUAUUGGAGAAUUAUCCGGAAUGUAAUUUACUUACACCGAUGGUUAUGUCUAUCGAUAGAAACGUGUAUCCUUUGCAAAACGUUUCGUUUGUGUUUGAAUAUCGCAUGCUGGAAUCAUUGUUGCUUUCACGGAGUUUUAUUCUAUGUACCUUGAUCAUUGACUGCUGGGGUUGUGUUGGUAAGGUUUUAGACAGUCAUGUGUUGUAUCAAGAAGCUAUGCUAAUAUUAGAAAUUAUAAUUGGCCUUGUAUGUACGCCUUCAACUCGUUACCGACUAAGGAGGCUAUUUAAACGCUUAUUCGCAUUUCUCAAUGUAGAGCAGCAGCUUAAAUUAUCAAAGUUUGCUCUUUCUUAUACCUUACAAACAAGUGAAAACAUUACACAAACAUUAUCUACAACUGUCUACGCAAAUGACGUCGAGAAUAAUUCGGUUAAUUGCAUGAAAUUGUAUACAUUGAUUAAUUCAUACCUUGAAAAGAAUUCGAUACAUUCUGUCGAUGACUUGUUCUCAACUGCAAGUUAUUUACUUGUUUUACAAUCCAAAAAUUCAAUACCAUGGUGCAUCAAAGAUGAAGGCGACGUUAAAUAUGUCUUAUUUAAUAUCGCAUUGACUAUUUUAAAAAAUUCUAUUAAUUGCAUUGGUUCGCUAUCAGACUUUUGUCCAUCAUCAAUCGAAUUUCGAAAGAUAUUUGUUACAAUCGAUGGUGUGCUUAGAUUUAUGAUAAACUUAGAACCAUUAACUUUAGCAGAAAUACUGGAGGUGCUUAAAACGGUGGAUCAUUGGACUUCUUUGAAUAAUUGUAUUUGUCAUAUUACUUUAUGUAAAUUUAUUGACAAGUUCACGGAAAUUUUGCUUGAAACAAACGACAAGCAAAUUAUUACGGUUAUUGACUCGAUUUAUGAAAAAAUAUUAAUACGCACACGAUGGUUUACAAAACACGAAGUUAUUGCUCAAAUUGCCGGCUAUACGCAACAUUCACGGAAUAUCGAAAUAAUUCAACCUGUUAUAAUACAACAAUUGCAUGAGCCAGUUAUGAGAUUUAUAAAUCGAAUACCAUCACAUUUUGGUGAUGAAUCAAUCUCAGAAAUAAAUUUCUGGCGAUUUGUAGAAGGUAGAAAUGAACAGCAUUUUCGCGUUAUGCAACUGGAAGAUUUAUUCAACAAAAACUUUAUUUCAACUACAAAAAAAAUACUUUCAAAUUCAAUCAAAAUCAAUUAUGAUAUAAAUGAUUCAACUCUGGAAUGUUUAAAAGGAGCUCACUUAGUAAAUGGAUUUAUUCAAAAUUACUUAGCAGAACACCAUUCUGAGGUUUCUUCUGAACUAAAAUUAGUUUUUAAUGAUUUAAAAGAUAAUUUAAUAACCUUUUUCCAAA